UUCCACUCAACAGCUCUAUCAGUUCCCCCUCCCUCCUCUUCUUCCUCCCGCCUUACCUCCUCCUCUCACUGUCUCAAACUGAUGUGGGUCUUUUUUACACUCUCUCCCGCUUAUCCUUUUAUUCUUUGCUCUCAGGACGUCAUGAGGUUAACAGCACUGUGCAUGUGUGGGACCCUGCUGGCCUUCUUGAGCCUCUCUUGGACCACAGCUGAUGAAGGGGACCUCCUCUGGGAUCAGGAAUUUGGACCCUGCUCUGCAACUCUGAGACCUGAGGGGCCGUGCAGGCAGUGGCAGGAUGAGACCAUGUGUCCAUAUCAAUUGAGUCUGCCUCCGCUGACCCUCCGUUUGCCGAAGGAGCUCAGAGAGCUGGAGAACAUUGUAAAGGAUUUACAGAAUCUGAAGGACAAUGUGGACCAACUGACGAAGAUGUGUGCAGAUUGUACAGUAAGCCAAACUGAGAGAGAGUGUGGACGGCAUAGAGAAAGUGAGCAGGAGAAGCUAAAUGAGGGUAUAAAUAGACAUAUUGAGGGGAAGAACCGGCUGAAUGAGAAAAAUCGUGAGAGGCCAAAAGAGUGUGGAACAGACAGAGUUAAAGUGAAAAAGACUAUGGAAGGAGAAUUAGGAUAUGGUGACACUGAUUUUGAAAAAAGAACGAGUUUGGAAGAGAAAAGGAGAAAGAAAGGGGAAGCAGAAAGAGAGAGCAAUAAAGGGGUUUUAAAAGAAAAUAAAAAAGAAGGAACCCUAAAAGAAGAGGCAAGACCUAAUGGAAAAACUAAGAAAGAGGGGGCAAAAGAAAAGGAAAAAUUGGACCAGACAAAGUCGACAACGGCUGCUGGAGGUGAAAGAACAGUUGAUACGGUCAAAAAAAAGAUUGUUGAAAUAAAUGACAGGGAGACAGACACAGACAGAAAAAAAGACAAAGGUGGAAAAGGGAAUUCAAAUAGAGAUCGGGAGCAUAUGUUGGAGAAUGGAAAAGACGAUAAGGUUACAAGUGGUGUUAAAAAUAAAGGGAAAGCUGAAGAAAGUGACCAUCACGUCUGGAGAGAUGAAACGAAGGAAACACAGAAAAAGACCCAAACUGAGGUAGACAGGGGAAAUGAUGGAAUAAAGAUGUCUGAGGACCAUGAUGAGCAUACAAAUAGGGAAAGAGAACAGCAGAGGGAGGAGAGGAAAAGGGAAAUGGAAAAGGGAACCAAAGUCGAGCGAAAUAAUGAGAAACCAAAACAGUCUGCAAGCAUCAGGCCCGCAGAAAAAGAGAAGACUAUAAAAGAGGGGGAGGAUGGGGAGACGGGAACGGAGACCAAAGCCGAAGGAGAAAUAACGGUCCAGAGUGUGCAGAGAGACAGUAAUGGAGAAUUAGCAUCCAGUACGGAAACUGAGAGGACAGACUUUGUUUCAAUCAGACCAACUCCUCUGUCUAUCAUUAGUUUUACACCCAGGCAUGACUAUGUGGAAUCAAAUGAAGCUAUGACCUUUCCGUCAUCUCCUCCGUUUCCUUCCUCAUCUCACUCAACUUCACACUUGAUCACCGAUGUCAAUCAAGGGAUUACUAUUGUGGCUGACGGACUACAAACACAAAGCCAGGGCAUUGUAGCAUCUGGCAUUUCGGAGAACCCCAGCCCUGAUGUAGCAGAAGGCUUUAGGACCACAAAAAGGACAACCACAGUGGCCAAAAUAAACACAUUGGAUGGUUCUAGACAACCAAUCACCAGUGAAACUUUAUUUUACACCUCUAAAACCAAUGCAACACCAAGAGCAGGUUUCAAGGGUCCAGGUAGCUCAACGACUACAACAAUACCCACCACAACUCAGAAUUUAUACACAACUACAUUCCCAGGAGUCGCAGACCACAGCCGUUCAACAGCCAAAAAGAACGUCAGCUCUAACACUAAGACUGGCAUGAAACCUCUUCCAGACCGAGGACCAAAGCCUGGUGCAAAGAGUCAACCUGAAGUCAGGCCUGAAGGAGACAAAAAGUUAAAAAAUCCUAAGAAUGACCGUAAACAGGACCGAGCUCCUUUGCCAGACAAAAAAGGAAAACAUGACGAAAAGCAGAAGCCUUUUUACCAAAAACCAACAACUGACCAAAGAUUGAAACCUGGCAAAGACCCUAAACAAGUCCAGAUCCCAAAACCUGAAGAAACACCUCCACCUGACCUUUUACCAACUGAACAAAAUCUGAAAAACACGAAAAUACCUAAACAUGACAAAGAACAUACAACUCAUCAAACUCAGUUAAUUAUUCAAAAGCCAAAAUCUAAUCAAAAGCUUCCAGUUCAGAGGUCUACAACUCAUGAAACACCUCAAACAUUAAAUUCAACUGGUUCGGAUAAAGACCCUCAAACUGACCAAAAGCCAGAAUCUGUAGAAAUCCCAAUUAUUACUCAAAAUCGAAAACCUGAGAAAAAACUGGUUCACCCUUUCAAAACAGGAAAGCCUGAACAAAUACAAAAUCCUCACGUAAAGCCAAAAAGUGAAGAAGAAAAGCGUAAACCUGAUCAAAGAUCUACAACAAACCAAUAUAUGUCACCUGUUCAUGACACUGGAGGAAGUGAAACAACUAGCAUAACAACAAGACCUAUCCAAAAGCCUAUAACAGUAUUAACAGAAAAUGCAGAUGAAAAUCCUUUGACUGAGCCUGUAUCGGAAAGAGACUCAAAACCUGGACAAAAGCUUACACCUGAUCGGGCCCUGAUCAAACCCCCUGAUCAAAAGAAGAAAUCCAGUCAGAAAAUCCAUAAAAUAAACCAAAAUCCUAAACCCAAUCAAAGACAUCCAGAUCUUGUGACAGGACAAAAGACUAAACAAAAGGUGAAGCCUAAACCAGAACAACGCCCACAAACCAAUCAAGGGCUUAGAACACUUCGACCUGACCAAAUGCCUGAACUUAACCCCAAUUAUUUGCCUAAAGCAGAAUCCAACAAAACAUCUAAAUUGAGGCCUCCACCCAGAGGCUGGCAACCAAUCCGACCAACAAUCAAGCCAGGAGCAACACAUGUUCAAAGACCAAAACCAGCAGUGCCACUAAAACCAAGUCCAAAGAUAAAAACAGAUUUAGAUCCUCUAAAAAUCAGUGAGACUACUUUAGACAACAUCAAAAACUCUCAAACCGACAUGUCACCUUCAUCUGCCCCUGUAACACAGACUUCUGAGGCGAGUCAUUCUCAAAGGGACACAGAGUUCAGUCCCAGCACAAAGAAAACCAUGACUCUGGGUCCAAAGACCUUCAACACCCUUGAGACUGGACCCAUCCCAUGGCGUGACACUCUCUCAGACUUCACCAUGAGCCCAAACAGCAGGAUUACGUCUGAUCCGACGCCACGAAGAGCCAGCCGACCACCACUGAUCCCAAUGACAACAAGACCAAACAAAAUCUCCCGCAGGAUCCUGCCGAGUGUUAUCCCUAGCACCAUUCCAGGAUCCACAAACCCAAAUCAAGGUUCCAAUACUGACUUGCAAGCUGAGAUAAUUCCCAUUAUGGAGGAAACAUUAGCCCAACAAACUCCAGUUCCAGACAAAAGGAAGAAUCCAGUCCCGACACCCAGUGCUCAAGCUACCUACACAAACAACCCUGACCUCAGGUCAAUAACCCCAACCACCUCUAGCCCCAAGGCCCCGGCGGCUGAGUCUUCCACUCCCAGUGCAAGUGAGCUGCGUGUUAAGAUCAACCAGGUGGCUGCCUUCUUCAAUAACAGCCUGAGUCCAAAUGGAAGGCCAUUUGAUAGCCAUCCAAAAGAUCACACAGAGGACAACCAUUACGGGAGCAGGCCUGACAGCAAACUACCAUCAAAAGUUACGAGGGAUUGCUCCGACUACUUGGCAAAAGGAGCAACAAAAAGCGGGGUGUACCUGGUGACCCCUGACCUCCGCAGCAGAAGCUUCCCAGUCUUCUGUGACCUGGAUCAGGAUGGCGGAGGGUGGACGGUCCUGCAGCGCCGACAGGACGGCAGCGUGAGCUUCAACCGCACAUGGGCCGAGUACAGAGCUGGCUUUGGGGAGCUGGACAAAGGUGAGUUUUGGCUGGGCAACAAUAUGAUCCACAUGCUGACCCGGGCCAGGAACAUGGUGCUGCGGGUGGAGCUGGAGGACUUCAGCGGUGUGAGCGAGUAUGCACAGUACGAGAACUUCAGAGUGGCAGGUGAACAUGGGCGCUACAGACUGACGGUGGGCGGUUACUCGGGUACUGCAGGUGAUGCUCUGCGCUUCAACAAAAUGUAUGAUCACCACAACAGAGCAUUCACCACGCCAGACAGGGACCACGACCGCUAUCCAUCCGGGAACUGCGGGGCCUACUACAGCUCCGGCUGGUGGUUUGAUGCCUGCAUGGCUGCAAACCUCAACGGGAGAUACUAUGUUGGGAAGUACAAGGGAGUCCGUGAUGGUAUUUUCUGGGGCACUUGGCAGAACAUAUCUGCAGAGUAUUACCCCUCCAAUGACAGGCAGUCAUUUAAAACUGUUAGGAUGAUGAUCCGACCAAGAGGCUCUGCGCCAUGAGCUGGGACUCUCUACCAGGUCAUGUUUGAAAAUAAAAUGAAGGGUCCAACUAAUUUCAAAAUAACCCUUACAAUUUAAUAAACCUAGUAUAGCCUCCACACUGAACACUAUUAACACAAUGCUGCCGCCUUGUGGUCUUUUAAUCUGCAAAACCAAUUUGUUUACAGGAAUGUAUGACAAUAAGUGAGGAUGUACAUAUAGUUGCGAAGGUUAUAGUCAUAAUUGCAUAUUAGCCUACAUUUUUACAAGCUUUUAAUAAUAACACUUUUUUUAUAUCGCUGAAUUUGUUCAAUGACGAGCGAGAGAAAAUCUUGUAAAGAGUUCUGACGGGUAUGUAGCAAUAGAGAAUGAUAUUUUUUAUAAUUGUGGUACUGAAAAGCCAGUUGAUGGUUAAUAAAAGCUGUAUCGAUUAUUUUAAAUAAAGAUUGUUUUUCUUUGAUAAAUACAAUUUAUGAAUACA